AGGAAAUGUUUAAACUUAGGGUUUUGUCUUCUGACAGCCCAAUCUUUAAAAGCAUCACAUAAAAACUUAAUUGGAGAGAUUAAUAAUAGAAAUGAAGCCUAAGUAAUUUUACCUAUAAGAUAAAAGGCUUCUUGAAAAAAGUAUCUGGUUAAAACAAGUGAGGAAUUAUUGUGGUUGUAUUAAAGUUCUUAAUUAUUGUCUUAGUUUUUACUGUGACCAGCUUAAACCCAUUAUACUAAGGAGGAAGAAACUAUGUAGUUAUUCAAUCCGAAUAUUAUUGGGACUCCCCAAAAGAAAAAAAAUAUUAUUAAGAACUGAAAAUAAUAGAGAAAACCUCUUUAAAUUUUUUCAUAAGGCCUAACUUAUUGGAAAUCAAUUACAUAGCAAGCUCUCAUUGAUUUGUUGUAAAUAUUUAAUAUUAAUACAAAAUUGUAUAGAUGGUUAAGAACAAAAAGAAAUUGAAUACUGCAAUAGUUGGAUAAGUUAAUUCUUAAAGAUAUUCAUGAUCAGCCAUAAAUUUCUCAACUUAUUCAAAAAGCUCUUAUAGAUUUUUAAUACGAUCAUAAUUGUUGUAUAAAAAAUAGGCUCCAUAAUAUGUGAGGAUAACAAAUAUGAGGGAUAAAAUGGUUAACUUAGAAGGAUCAGGAACACUUGUCAUUUUUAAAAUAUAAUCUUCAUCUACCUAAAAGGUAGAAAUAGAACUAGUGUCGAGUGAAUUUUAAAUAGCAUCUCUCACUU